AUGAAUCAAGACCUUCAAAAAGGUUUAAAAACAGAAAAUAUCGAUUAUUUAACAUGUUGGUAUACAAAUGCGACCUCUUUAAAUAAUAAAUUUGACGAAUUCAUUGAUGAUAUAUCCAGAUUUAGAGCUCAAGUUAUAUUUGCUUGUGAGACUUGGUGGUCAGCAAUGUCUACUACUAAUAUUCCUGGUUAUAAUCUGUUUAGAAAAGAUUGUCAAUUUAGUCGUGGUGGUGGUUGGAACGAUGAAAGUUUUAGUGAAAUUAUAAAUGACAGUGACACAACAGCAACUAUGUUUAUUGAGUUGUUACAUGACUGUUACCUGCACCAAAAUGUUAUCAGUCCUAGUUUUCAAGUAAAGUUUGGUAUUGAUACUAACAUUUUAGACGUCAUUUUGACUGACAAUAGCAACAGAGUUUAUUUUCUUGAACAUUUUCCACCGUUAGGUGGUAUCGAUCAUGGUCAUCAUAUUUUGAAAUUUCGAUUUGGACUAAGUGUUAAUGAAUGUUACGAAAAAUGGCUAAGAAAAUAUGAAAUAGGAUGUGAAAAAUAUAUCCCAACGCUAAAUUUAGAUAAAAACUCUUUUCAACUAAAAAAUAACUCACUAUGGAUGACAACUGAACUUAAAAGCAUGUGUAAAGAAAAGAAAAAAUGUUGGUUUAGAAACAGAAAUUCAGAUAUAAAAAAACUUGUCAAGAAAAGUAUUCGCAAUUUUGAAAAAAACUUAGCACUUAAUUCAAAAAGCAAUCCUAAAAGUGUCUAUGCUUAUAUAAACAACAAAACAAGAUUUAAAGACUCGAUCAAAGCCAUAAAGCUACAUAAUGGUAUUAUAACUACUGAUAAUCAAGAGAUAGUAAACACUCUUAAUGAAUUCUUUGCUUCUGUGUUUAUACAAGAUGACUCACCAGAAGAAGUUUUAGAUGACAUUCUUUUAACAAAAUGUUCUGAUCCAGAUUUUAGUAUUUCUCUUAUUCAGAAACAUUUGAGUAAUUUAAACAUGUACAAAUCAGUAGGUCCAGAUAAUGUUCACCCAAAAGUUUUAAAGGAAUGUUCAGAAUCUUUGUCAAGUUCUUUAGCAAUAAUAUUUGUUAAAUCGUUUAUUACAGGAUCUAUUCAAAAGUUAUGGUCAUGUGCAAACGUUGUUCCGUUAUUUAAAAAAGGAAAUAAACUAGAUCCAACAAAUUAUAGACCAGUUUCAUUAACAUCAAUUGUUGGUAAAGUUAUGGAGAGAAUUAUUAAAGAUCAUAUGAUGGCGUAUGAAGAGGAUAUUUCUGUUGAUGUUUUAUUUUUGGAUUUUAAAAAAGCAUUUGAUUCAGUCUCUCACACGAAAUUACUGAAAAAAUUAUUCAGACUAGGAUUUGAAUCAUCUUUGUUAAAUUGGUGUAAAUCAUUUUUGUCAGACCGAACACAGAGGGUUGUGAUAGGGAAAUAUAUUUCAAGUUGGAAGAUGGUUACAAGUGGAGUACCACAAGGUUCAGUACUCAGACCUCUUUUGUUUGUAAUCUUCAUUAAUGACUUAAGUAGAGGGAUUAUUAAAGACACUAAAUUAUAUGCAGACGAUACCAAAGUUAUUUCAAUCAAUCAUUGUUAUGAUGAUAAUAAAAUAUUACAAGAGGAUAUUAACAGAUAUGAAUAUAAAUUGAACAACUCUGUUUUAACAGAAACAAUGAUAGAAAAUGAUCUUGGGAUUUUCAUUUCAAAUAAUCUAGAGUGGAAAUAUCAUGUUAAUUCAGCUAUAGGUAAAGCAAACAGAAAAUUAGGCAUGAUCAAAAACUCUUUUGAGUAUUUGGAUGAACUUUCAUUAAAGUUACUAUACAAAUCGUUAGUACGUCCCCAUUUGGAAUAUGGAGCAACAGUUUGGAGUCCAUUUUGGAAAAAGGACAUUGACAAUCUUGAAAUCGUGCAACACAGGGCUACGAGAAUUGAAUCUUUAAGGGGGAUGUCGUACGAAGAAAGAUUAAAGAUACUUGAAUUGCCAACUUUGUUUGAUAGAAGAAGAAGAGGUGAUCUGAUUCAAAUGUAUAAGAUCUCAAAAGGAAAAGAUAUUGUUAAUUUUCACCAUCCUCCUUUAAAUUUUGAGCUGGAGCGAUCUAGUAGAAGUAACAAUUGUAGAAUACGCAGACAAUUUACAAAAUCAAGAAUUCGUCACCAUUUCUUUACAAACAGAGUUAUAAAUGAUUGGAAUUCUCUUCCACAAUGGAUAUUAGAUAAAGAUAAUUUGAACAUUUUUAAAAACAGUAUCGAUAAUUAUUUCGGUUUCUGA